GUCAAUUUGAAAGCUUUGUGUUUUGGGGUUAGAAAUUAAGAUAUUUUCAUAAAAGUUCAAGUUUGUGCGCGAAAAUGUUUAUGGAACAUGAAAACAGUUAUGCUUAUAAUAUAAUGGAAAAUAAAGGAUAUGCGAUGAAGCUAAAUAAUAAACAAGACCAGGUACAUGUAUCUAAUUAUUCUUUGGAAGAAUUGUUAUCAGAGAAUUGGUCUAAGAAACCACCACAUACUAUUUUUGAAACUUUUUCUAUCCUUGGUGUAUUGUGUUCAGAACAUAAUAAAUGCAUAUCUGAUAAAGUCUUUGAUGAUUUUAUUGAUAAUUUAACAGAUAACUUGACAAAGGCAAGUGAUGCUGAGCUAAAAUUAAUAUUUUAUUCUUUGUUAAAAUGGCCUGUAGCAGAAUCUAUAAAAACAAGAAAUUUCAUAGAAGUUUGGGCAGCACUUGAUGAUGAAUGUCUAAAAAGAUUAAGAGACUGGUCAUAUGAUGAAAUGCUUGAGUUUAUCACCUUGUUUUACAUGCUUAAUGUUAACAGAGCAAGUGAUUAUUCAUAUAGAUGUUUAUUAAAAUUAGCUUCAAAGGCAAAACAUUUAACAGCUUCUCAGCUUGUAAGAACAAUGUUCUUUAUUGGUAUACAGAGAAAAUCACCAAAAGAUAUACAUCAAUUGGAGAUCUACAUCAAUGAAUGUUUCAAAGAAUUUUCUAUUGAUGAACUCGCAAUAAUUUCCAUGGGAUUUUUCAAAAGUAAAACUCCAAUAAGAAAUAUGGAUAUAAUAGUCAAAAUAAUAGAUAUAAUUUCAAAUAAUUCAUCCCAAAUACAUGAAAUUUCACUUGCAGCUUUACUGAAAAUAAUUAGAUAUUCAAUGAAGGUUACAACUGGGAACAAAAUAUAUUUGUUAUUAGAUAAAUUACAAGCAGAAGUGCCCAGGUUAUCAGUAAUGUGUAAUGUUCAUGUGGGGUUGUUGGGAACAUCAACAUUGACUUUACAUGAAGGAUGUUUAAAUGCGAUUUCAAAUAGAGUUGCUGAUGCAAUUUCAGAGACUAGAAUAAAAGAUCUAGAAAGAUUAACAUUGACUUUUGGCACAUUUAAUUACACACCACAAUCAAAAAACUUUCUACAAAAUAUAAUUGCAGAAUUGAAAAAACCAGAAAGAGAGGUUGAGCGUACUUUCUAUGGUAGAUCCUUUGUUUGUUGCGUAGCCUAUCUUGGCCUUUUAGGAAUACAUCCUGAAGAACUUAUAAAGCUGGUGUUUGAUCCAUUAUUUUUGCAAAAAACAUAUGGUAAACACAUUAUAACAUAUGGAAGAGAAAUUUUGACACUACACAAUAGGGUAAAAAUAUUUUACAAAGACUCUAACAUUAAACUUCUCAGUGAUAAAGAAGCAAUUAUACUAGCUAAAAAGUACACAGAUUAUGUCCCUAAUGAAAAUUAUAAAAAACAGUAUAAUGUUUCUGAAAGAAUGUUUUUAGAUGUUUUAAAUAUCUUGAAAGGAGCUAGAGGAGAUGAUUUUGUGACUGGUGGUCAUAUUUUGACACACCAUCAAAGAGGAGAUAUAAUUUUAUGCAAUGAUCAUAAAGGUUGUGCAGUGCCAGUGGGAGAUGCUUUUGAUAACAAACAUUUUGGGCUGCUAAGAACACCGCCUAAUAAUAAUACUUGGAUUGUUUUAAUAAUUGGUGGAAGAAAUGCAUUAAUUCAUAACACCAAAAUACCAAGUGGCCUGUUCAAAAGCAAAAUAAACGAACUUAAUGCUUUAGGAUACUGUGCGGAAUUGGUUUUAUGGGAAGAAUUUUCGAACCGGAAAACCAAAGAAGAAAAAUUAGAAUAUUUAAAAGUUUUGAUUGAUAAUAUUACAGAUAUGUAG